CCUCUUCCUCCCCUCGCCCUCCCCCGCCCUCUUGCCUGGCGCUGCUGCAGUCGAUUUCAGCAAGGUCGUAGCCUCGCUAUUGGCGAGCAGGAAGAGACAUUCUCGGACAUGCUGAGGUGGAUUCCAUCUGGACACGCCAGAGGGGGACGGAGAAAGAGGAGGAGGGGGGGUGCGGAGGAGUAGUCCGACGCCACGGAUGUGAGCGCCCAGCGGCCUGCCUACGAGAUGGGCGGAGGAGAGUUGCCUCCUCAAGUCUCUUGUGGGGGGCGGCCCGGCUUUUCCUGGCGACGUGCAUACUGGUACGCCUUCAUCAAGGCGCGCAAGAUCACCCGCGUCUUCUUUCGGGGACGGAACAAGCUGUUUUACAUAUUAGCCCCUCUUGUGCAAAUUACGGCGACCGCUGGAUAUGUUUCGGCUACCAUUCUGGUCGAGGACGACAUGCUUCCUGCGGGUCAGGGCGUCAGCAUGGGAUCCAGCGUCAUGUUCUCCUUCGGCGCGUGCCUUCUCUCGGCGGUUCCGUGCGUCAUCGUGUCCUUCAUGCUGGGCACGCUGCACGUGGAGAAGGUGAACGAAAUCCGGUCUGACCAGAAGAAGUUCGCGAAGGAAAACCCCGAGCUGUACGGCUCCACUGACACCUCCAUGCCCAUGGCCUCCGUGCAGGGCGCAGAGUUCGGCCAGCAGCAGGGGCCGUGGCAGACGCAGGGGCAGUGGCAGCCGCAGGGGCCGUGGCAGCCCCAGGGGUGGCAGCCUCAGGGGCAGUGGCAGCCGCAGAACGAGCUGGUCAAAUUGGCUAAGAUGGUGCUCGCUGUUGAAGAUGGUGACCACGGGCACGCCCCCAUAGUCAAAGAGAUGUCCAACGUCAAGCUCAUGCAGGCUACGGCGGAGACGGCACUCGCCAGCUGCACGGAAUACACCAAAUUAGAGAUCGAAUUGUUGAUUGAGCGCAUGCGCGGCAUCACGGGUAAUGUCAAAGGUCUCAUCGAAGAGGCGAAAAAGGUGGAGGAGGAGCUCGAGCGCCUUCGCAGCAGCAUUACCGAGUUGGAAUAA